AUGGCCACAGCUGCACCUGCCCCCGCCGGGGGUAACCAAGCUGCCUUCAAGGACAAGGAGAAGCCCGUCGCGGUCCGCUCUUCCAACAUUGUUGCUGCCAGAGCUGUCGCCGAUGCCAUCAGAACGUCCUUGGGCCCCCGAGGCAUGGACAAGAUGAUCCGAAGCGGGAAGGGCGAGACGAUCAUUACCAACGACGGAAACACGAUGCUCAAGAGCAUGUCGGUCAUGCACCCUACAGCGAAGAUGUUGGUCAACCUCUCGGCAGCGCAAGAUGUGGAGGCGGGAGAUGGUACUACAUCGGUCGUUGUUAUCUGCGGUAGCUUGCUGGGUGCUGCGGACCGCCUUCUGUCAAAAGGAAUUCAUCCCUCCGUAAUCUCGGAGUCCUUCCAAAGAGCUGCGGCCGCCGCUGUCGAGGUUCUUCACAACAUGUCACAACCUAUCUCCCUCACCGAUACCGCUUCCCUGCUCCAGGCAGCCAAUACCUCCCUUUCCUCCAAGAUUGUAUCGCAAUACUCGAACAUUCUGGGUCCCAUGGCUGUCAACUCUGUUGUCAAGACCAUCGACCUGAAGACGGCCGACAACGUUGAUCUUAAGAACAUCAGAAUAAUCAAGAAGGUUGGCGGAACUAUCGAGGACAGUGAGCUUGUGGACGGUCUGGUCUUGACCCAGCCCGUUCUCAAGGGCGCCGGAGGACCCGCGAGAAUCGAGAAGGCCAAGAUUGGUCUUAUUCAGUUCCAGCUCAGCCCUCCCAAGCCUGAUGUGAACGACUACAGACAGAUGGACAAAAUCGUUAAGGAGGAGCGUCUUUACCUUCUGAACAUGGUCAAGAAGAUUAAGAAGGCGAAGUGCAAUGUUCUCUUCAUCCAGAAGUCUAUUCUGCGCGACGCCGUCAACGAUCUUUCCCUGCACUUCUUGGCUAAGCUGGGCAUCCUUGCUGUCAAGGAUAUUGAGCGUGACGAGGUUGAGUUCAUCUGCAAGUCCACUGGCUGCAAGCCUAUCGCCGACAUCGACUCAUUCACUGAGGACAAGCUCGGUACGGCCGAUCUCGUUGAGGAGGCCCAGUCCAACGGUGCCCGCAUGGUUAAGGUCAGCGGCGCCAAGGCCACUGGCAAGACGGUCUCCGUCGUUGUUCGUGGCGCCAACUCCCUCAUUCUUGAUGAGGCCGAGCGCAGUCUGCACGAUGCCCACUGCGUUGUCCGUUGCUUGGUGAAGAAGAAGGCUCUUAUCGCCGGUGGUGGUGCCGCCGAGAUCGAGAUCGCUUCUCAGCUGGCCAAGCAGGCUCGUGCUCUGACGGGCACCGAGGCCAUCUGCUGGAAGGCUUUCGCAGAUGCUAUGGAGGUGGUUCCUACGACCCUGGCUGAGAACGCCGGUCUCAACAGCAUCAAGGUCGUUACCGAGCUCCGCCACAGGCACGAGCUGGGCGAGAAGAAUGCUGGUGUCAGUAUCAAGUCCGGCGGCGUCAACACCAACAUCUCCAAGGAGAACGUCCUGCAACCGUUGCUGGUGAGCACUAGCGCCAUCGAGCUGGCUGCCGAGACGGUCAAGAUGAUUCUCAGAAUAGACGACAUUGCUCUCACCCGAUGA